UUUCCUUAGGUCAUCAAUACAUACAAAAAUUUCCGCAUUUAUCAAAUUCGAUACCUGUGAAAUAAAGUGCAGCAAAAUAAGGUUUGAGUACUUAAUUAAGAGCAAGAAACCAUGGCGGGCGGUGGGUUUGGGGACGCAUCAGGAGGCGGAGACUUCGAAGCAAAGAUAACGCCUCUUGUGAUCAUUUCUUGCGUAAUGGCUGCUAGCGGAGGCCUCAUGUUUGGUUAUGAUGUUGGUAUCUCAGGGGGUGUUACAUCCAUGCCCCAUUUCCAAAAGAAAUUCUUCCCGGUUGUGUAUAGGAAGACUCAAGAGACUGGACUUGAGAGCAACUACUGCAAAUACGAUAAUCAAGGCUUGCAGUUGUUCACAUCUUCAUUAUACCUCGCUGCAUUAAUAUCAACAUUCUUUGCAUCGUACACAACCAGAUUGCUAGGUCGAAAGUUAACUAUGUUGAUUGCGGGGAUUUUCUUUGUAGUCGGAACAGUUUUUAAUGCGGCGGCUAUCAACCUUCUCAUGCUUAUCAUUGGGAGGAUCUUACUUGGUUGUGGAGUUGGUUUUGCUAACCAGGCGGUACCGCUUUUCCUUUCGGAGAUUGCACCCACAAGAAUUCGAGGGGCACUUAACAUCCUCUUCCAACUCAAUAUCACCAUUGGCAUUCUUUUUGCAAACCUUAUCAAUUAUGGAACUAACAAAAUUACAGGAGGAUAUGGAUGGAGAGUGUCAUUGGGUUUGGCUGGGAUUCCAGCAGGUUUGCUAACCUUGGGGUCUCUCAUUGUGGUAGACACUCCUAACAGUUUGAUCGAACGGGGCAAGUUGGAGGAAGGAAAGGCAGUUCUUAAAAGGAUCCGUGGUGUUGACAAUGUGGAUCCAGAAUUCUUAGAGAUUGUUGAGGCAAGUCGGGUGGCUAAAGAAGUAAAGAAUCCCUUCCAAAAUCUUCUUAAGCGUAGGAACAGGCCACAACUGAUCAUUGCAGUUAUGAUGCAAGUGUUCCAGCAAUUCACUGGCAUCAACGCAGUCAUGUUCUACGCUCCAGUUUUGUUUCAGACCUUGGGUUUUAAAAGUGAUGCUUCCCUCUACUCGGCUGUUAUAACAGGAGCUGUCAACGUGCUAUCAACCGUUGUAUCAAUCUACUUUGUAGACAAAGCUGGUCGCCGCAUUCUCUUAUUAGAAGCCGGUGUCCAGAUGUUCCUUUCUCAAUUGGUGGUUGCAAUAGUCAUGGGACUCAGAGUCCAGGAACACUCUAACAACCUUACUCCAGGCUUGGCAAUCCUUGUAGUGGUUAUGGUUUGUAGCUUUGUGUCUUCCUUUGCAUGGUCUUGGGGACCUCUUGGGUGGUUGAUCCCUAGUGAGACAUUCCCGCUGGAGGCUCGCUCAGCCGGCCAGAGUGUGGCUGUGUGCAUCAACAUGCUCUUCACCUUUAUUAUAGCACAAGCCUUCCUCUCAAUGCUUUGCCAUAUGAAGUUUGGCAUUUUCUUGUUCUUCUGUGCUUGGGUCCUUGUCAUGACAAUCUUUGUCGUGUUCUUAAUUCCUGAGACCAAGGGUGUCCCGAUCGAAGAGAUGACAGAAAGAGUCUGGAAGCAACAUUGGUUCUGGAAGAGAUUCAUGGAUGACUUUGAAGAUGAUCCCAAGGGCCAUGUUUGAACUAUCUCACCUCCGGUCUCUUCCUCACGGUUUAUUACAUUUCAUGAGUUCCUUAAAUGUGAAGCUUAGGAUUAACUAAUCCUUCCUUUACUUCUAGAUGGUUGCCAAACAACCGGAGCUCUCUGCAUGCCAAAUGCUUCGUUUACGUUUUGAGAUGCAUUAUUUGCACUUCCAAAAUGUACUCCUUCUGUACUUUGACAGUAUUUUUCAGAAAUAAAACUGAAAUAUGUUAUACAAAA